AUGAGCGACAUCAGUGCAGACUGUAUUCCAGAAGGCUAUGAUGCAUUUUCUUCCCAUUGUGCACACAAUGGCGGAUAUUCGGGAGUUAUAACUUUUCUUGGUUCGUUCUCUCAACAUCCCAAGUCUACUAUUUAUCAGCGAUACGACAGUGAUUUUGUAAAGUCAGCUGACAUGGAAGGACGAGUUUGCUUUACCUUUUUUGAUAAUUGUGCGAUCUUGAACGUUUACUUUCCUUGUGGCUCUGAAGAAGAUUCAGCUCGUUGUUCUUUUCGCGAGCGUUUUUAUGAGCUUAUAAUGGAUCUUGUAAAGAUCAUCAAAGUCGAUUACCCAAACUGCAUUUUACUUGGCGAUUUCAACACAGCUAUUGCAUGUCGGAUUGGCUGGAGACUCUGUUAUCAUCCGAAGAGUUCUUCCUUUUAUUUGGCCUUCAUGAUUAGAGACGGAGGAUGUGGGAUGAUCGAUUGCUUCCGUGCGCUGUAUCCCUCAGAACGAAAUGCGUACAGCUGCUUCAAUACGAAGCUGAAAGGCCGCAUAAACAACUUCGGAACGCGGAUCGAUUACAUCGUGUGCACGCGUCCGCUGCGAAACUGUUUGGUGGAGUGUGCGAUUCGAUCGGAUGUGACGGGGAGCGAUCAUCUGCCUGUCGUGGCAGAGUUCGAUUUUUCGGUGAAGAGCGAAAGUUCGGUGGUGGGAUUGCGGUCGAAGGUGGGCGAGCAGCCGAAGAUUCUGUCGUUCUUUCGAGUGAAUCGGCGAAUGUAA